GGGGGGUCGCCCCGGGACUCUGCGUUCCCAGCUUCUAGCGCCCCCAGAGAGCCGCCCUCCGGGGGCCUCAGACAGUAAUUGCACACCCCCUGCUGCAUUUUUGUUGGAACCGGGCAGUUUGACCUCAGAAUUAUUUUUGAGAAAAAUGUGUAGAAGCAUCUUUGAUGGUCAUGUGCACAGACGUUCCUGGGAGGGCGGCCUGGGCCCCGACCCAGCGCUCUGUCGCCCCCUGUGGAGCGGAGGCUCAGCGCUGAGGCUCAGCGUGGGCUCUGCGUGUGUUUAUGGGGGACACUCACCUGCCUGAGGAGCCCCGGAGGCCAGGAUUUUGAAGGAUGUUUGUUCCGAGAUCUCUCAAAGUCAAGAGGAACACUCAGGGUGACGGCAAAGGCUGUGCGGCCAAGAGAGCGAAACCAGAGGCAGAAGACGUCCGGUGGGAUGAAGGCAGCGGCCACCCAGCGGAGGCCGUCGCUACGGAAGAAGCCGCAGCCCCCGGCAGCCCGCAGGUGGGACCCGAGCAGUGUGCCAAGGCCAGCCCUCUCUCGGAAGACCCCGUGAAGUCGUUUUCCAAAACGCAGCGCUGGCCAGAGCCCGGGGAACCUGUGUGCGUGGUCUGCGGCCGUUACGGAGAGUAUAUCUGUGACGAGACAGAUGAAGACGUGUGCAGCCUGGAGUGCAAAGCGAAACACCUCCUGCAGGUGAAGGAAAAGGAAGGGAAGUCGGGGCUCGGCAGCCCGCAGGGAGCUGGCGCUCAGCCCCAGCCCCCACUGCACACGUCCUACGUCUAUAAAGAGCACCCCUUUAUCGAGGGCCUUCAGGAGGACCAGGUUGAGAAUCUCAGGCGCCAGCUGGGAAUUUCCGUCCAAGGGCGGGACGUCGCCAGGCCCAUUAUCGACUUUGAACAUUGUGGUUUCCCUGAGGCCUUAAACCUCAACCUGAAGGCAGCCGGCUACGAGGUGCCGACCCCCAUCCAGAUGCAGAUGACUCCCGUGGGGCUCCUGGGACGGGACGUCUUGGCCAGCGCUGACACCGGCUCCGGGAAGACGGCCGCCUUUCUCCUUCCCGUUAUCACCCGGGCUUUACUGGAGAGCACGACGCCGGCUGCCCUCAUUCUCACCCCCACGCGAGAGCUGGCCAUUCAGAUCGAGAGACAGACCAAAGAGCUGAUGAAGGGCCUGCCCCGCAUGAAGACCGUGCUGCUGGUGGGGGGCUUGCCCUUGCCCCCCCAGCUGUACCGCCUGCAACAGCACGUCAAGGUUGUCAUCGCAACCCCCGGCCGACUGCUGGACAUCCUGAGGCAGAGCUCCGUGCGGCUGUGCGCCGUGAAGGUCGUGGUCGUGGAUGAGGCCGACACCAUGCUAAAGAUGGGCUUUCAGCAGCAAGUGCUGGACGUCUUGGAAAACGUCCCUCACGACUGUCAGACCAUCCUGGUCUCGGCCACAAUUCCAACCAGCAUCGAGCAGCUGGCGAGCCAGCUCCUGCACGACCCCGUGAGAAUCAUCGCCGGAGAAAAGAACCUGCCUUGUUCCAACGUGCGGCAGAUCAUUCUGUGGGUCGAAGAGCCGGCCAAGAAGAAAAAGUUAUUUGAAAUCUUAAAUGAUAAGAAACUCUUCAAGCCGCCGGUGCUGGUGUUCGUGGACUGCAGGCUCGGGGCGGACCUGCUGAGCGAGGCGGUGCAGAAGGUCACGGGCCUGCGAAGCGUGUCCAUGCACUCGGAGAAGCCCCAGACGGAGAGGCGGAGCAUCCUGGAGGGCUUACUUGACGGGGCCCACGAGGUGGUGGUGAGCACGGGCGUCCUGGGACGAGGGCUGGACUUGAUCAGGGUCAAGCUGGUGGUCAAUUUCGACAUGCCUUCCAGUAUGGACGAGUACGUGCACCAGGUCGGAAGAGUGGGGAGGUUAGGCCAGAACGGGACGGCCAUCACCUUCAUCAAUAACAACUCCAGGAGACUCUUCUGGGACGUGGCCAAGAGAGUGAAGCCCACGGGGUCCAUCCUGCCACCACAGCUGCUCCACUCCCCAUACCUGCAGGACCAGCAGAGGAAGGAGCAGCAGAGGGACCGGCAGGCCCAGAACCCCCUGGUCACCGGCGCCAACCUCAUGGACAUCAUUAGGAGGCACGACAGGAGUAACGCUCAGAGGUGACCUGAGCGCCUCUUCCAAUACUUCUCUUUUUUUAAUUUAUUUUAAUUUUUUUAGGGGGAAAAGGGACAUCUGUAAUACUUUUAACAAUAAAAUUUAAACAUUUUUAAUAGAAUAUCAAGUUUAUGCAGCAAUAUCCUACUUAAUUUCCUUUUGAAUUCUCAAAAAUUAAAAACGACAGAAGAAAAUGAAUUGCGAAAUAGAGGAAGUUAUUUUAUUCCUCGGAGCCACUGUCAGACCAGACGCCUGCACCGCGGGGGGAGCCGUGAGGACCGAGGCUCCUUCGCUCAGUGUCCCCACCGUCCUGGGGCAACUUCUACAAGACGACUGUGAAGGAUCUUUUUAUUCUCAGUUCUCCCGUUGGCCUGGUGAACAUAAAUCUGUUUUAUAUGUAAGGUGGGCUGCUUGUCGCAGUAACGGUCGUUAUGCACAUGUAGCUUCGGGAUCCUUUUUGUGUUAAUGUCACUUUGCUGAUUCCAUUGACAGUAUUGAUACUGGAGGGAAGGAAGGAGUUGUGCUUUGAUACGUCCAUCCUUCCACUGCUUUAAAAACCAUUCGUAAUUUUAUAUAUUUUUAAAUUUUAAAUUAUAAAAUUUAAAUUAUAAAUUAAAUUUUUAAUUUUAUAAUUUUGAGGAAAAUUAUUACCCAGUUUGAAAUUUUGAUUGGCUGAUGUACGUAGUUAGAGACACUCCCAGACAUUGUUUCCCUCUUCCAGCAACUGGACUGUUUGACAGGAACUGAAUUAACUCUUCAAGCGCUUUAUUGCCAGAUUGUAGCAAACGCUGUUUAUGUACCAAACACUUUCAUGCCUGAAAUAAGCGGGUCCUAGACUCUGCAGCUUUAUGAGACACAUUUCAUGCUAUUCUGUAUUUCUAAUACCGAGCUCAGUAAAAGGUUUUUUUUUUUUUU